CCUAGUCCUCUUCGUAUCCUCAUUCCCUUGGCUUUACUCGCUGCCUGGGUUUACUUCAAGUUUAUUCGAUAAUUUCAUUUUUACACACACAUAUACAUAGAUGUCACUUUACUAAAUAUAAAAACCAGGAUUGAUUUUUACAUCUACUUUAGUACUUUUACAAAAGAGAGGUUUUUAUAUAAUCGUUCGACUUGUGUGUUGUGCAUUGAAUUGAACCAAGCUCAAGCGUGUGGAUGGGACGAACAAAUGAGACGAGCUGUCAAUGCUUGACUAUUUAAACUCAGUUUACUUCGCUUUCUUUCUUUUUCAUUUUGCCAAAGUCUUUUUGCAAAUGACAAAAGGUCGACAAUGGAAAGCAAAACUAAAAUCCUAUGAAAACUCGUCGUUUAAUAAAGAUACAUACAGACCAUCGUCUACUUCAACUGCGGAAUCAGUCACUGACAAGAUUAGACGGUUACGAAUUGAACAGCAGCGAGCAGAGCAAAAUAGACAGAGGCGCAGUCGCAACGAUCCCCAAUCAGACAGCAGCCUCGUUUCUGGCGUUGUAAGGUAUCAGUCCGAAACUAAUCAACAAGACAACAACAACAAUGUACGUUUACCCCUCACAGCUGGUCCUCCUCCACCACCGUCAUGGAGAACGAACGCAAGAGAGGUGCAGCGAGAACAAAUGGAAUCAGUAAAGAGCCUGAAGGAAAAUCGAAAAAAGAUUGUAGCAGUGGGUGAUAGUAGUUUACUCAACCAAUGUGCUUGUCAAGCUGCAAGAUGCAUGACAACCAAAAGAAAUGGCUGGAGCGAGUUGAUUCCAUAUCUACCUGUAGCUGUCAAACAGACAUUACUUCAGCAUAUUAGUUCAAUAGACGGAUUGGAUUCCAUUUUGUUUGACUCUUUUAUUUCCUUUGACUAUACUGAUCUUUGUCUUGAAGAUGCUCGAGUAUCAUUUGCCAAGCUUUGUAAGGCGUAUUGGAGAGUAGAGGAACAUAGGCAGAGGGUUGUAGAAGAAGUAGAAGAAUGGUGGGAAUAUGACACUGAAGAAGAAGGAGUAGAAGAAGAGAGUGUAGAUUACUAUGUUUACUCUCCGCCUGAUGCUAGCGUGGAUGAUUGUACGUCUGAAGACUUGGAUACAAAAGAUGAGCGAUCGAGUUACCUGGAGACAGUGAUUACUGAUUUACUCAUAUCUCAACAUCACAUCAAAGUUACCACUGCCCAUUCUUUACUCAAUACGAAAAGUUUUUCAUUAUUUACACCUCUUUCUUGCAAACUGACUAGUUUAAACAUAUCCUUUGCUGUCAACUGGCCAAAUAUCUCACUAGCCCAUUUACUCGUGUCUACCCUACCCCGCCUACAGCAGUUACGAACAGCUGCAUGCUUUAAUGCAACAGAAGGUCCCAGAGCGAUAACGAUUAUCUCACAAGGUUUACGUAAAUUAAAGGUGUGGGAUAUCGGAUUUCAUAACUGGAUACGACUUGAAUCCUUGUGUGGUUCAACUUGUCUUGUUAAUUGGAAGCGAGAUCUUCAGGAAUUAGAAUUACUAUGCCUGCAACAUCUUCAUGAAGGAGUGAGUUCCCAAGCAAGAGAGUGGUUGGCUAAUGAAUUCCAUGGAAGAAUUCAAGUUAUUGACUGACAUCAUUUUUGUAUAUCACAUCUCAUCUAAACUAUUUAUGUGUAGUAUAUCUAAUAGAAUUAGCAUUUAAUAAAAAGCAUAUA